AUGAGCACAAGGGACCGAGAGGCGGAGGAGGCUCUUUACAAGGACGUGUUUGGGGAGUCUGAGCUCCUGGACUUGUGCUCGGACAACAGGGCUCUGCAGGAGGGGUCUGUGCACGCGUCUCCCGGGGCAUCUCCUCAAUCUGGGGACGGGCGAUCCGAAGCGUCUGGUUCAGUCCUCUCCGACGACUCCUUUUUUGAUGACGAAGAUGUCGAUAAGACGGAAGAACAGAAUAUUCGCAAUCAAAAGGCACGAGGUCUUUCCUGGGCCGUUGAACGGGCAGAGGACGAUGAGUUUCGAAAAAGACUGGAUGAGCUAGCCCGGGAAGAAGCUAUCAAUGUAUUAUCUUUGGGGACAGAACCCAAUCUAAAAAGGACCGUAUUAAGCCAAUUGGGUCCUUCUAGUCAACUGGAGUUAAAGCGGCUCUCACCACUCACAGUUUCUGAUUGUCCUAUGCACAAGGUAACGUCGAUUCACGUGCACCCCAAUGGAAGACUAGCGAUUGUCUCUUCGCUGGACAAUAGGCUCCGUCUCUUCGAGAUAGACGACCCUACAAACCCACUUGUCAGCUCCUUCCUAUUCACGCAGGUUACCCCCACAUCUGCCUUCUUUUCAGACAACUACCGGUGGCUGGUGAUUACUGGCAAUACAAACUUUUAUCACCUUUUUGAUUUAGAGACGGGGACUGAUGUCAAGCGCAGGCUUCCCUUGCGAAAGCGGCACCUCAAAGAUGCUAGCUUGGACUAUUAUCUCAAAGGGAGGAACCGUGAAGUCCUAGUUCUCUCCAUGCAGAGCUCCAUUCCAGGAUGGCCAGGGAGUUCGCUUAUAUUUUUCAGCGAGUGCAGUGGUGCUGCAAAUUAUAGCAGGGUGAACAAUUUGGCACACAGAAAUGUUGACCCUGGGAAAACAAACGGCAUAAAGGCAGGCUAUGGGCCCCCAGACGCACAAUCGGAGACCAGAGAGACAGACAGAUACACCUUUGUUUAUGGCUUACACUUAGAGACCAACUCAUAUGCCUAUAAGCUGCAAUUCCCCUUUGCUACAACGGGUCUUAUACGACUCAUAAGUCCGUCUAACAUGUCCCUGGCGCGGAUAUCGGGCCACACAAAUGAGCACCCUAUCCUGGUGGUUUCGGGGCGGGGACAUGGUAACAUUGCCUUGGUCGAGUUCGAUGCAUCGAAUUUCUACUCGGUGAAGGAUCCUAUAAUCUUCGGUGACGACUCCUUCAAUAUCACGGCUAUGGCGGCCAGCCAAGUGCAUAUUGCUACGGGCGAUGAGCACGGCUUCAUCAACAUCUAUCGCAUCUCAGACGUUUACUCAGCUAGUUCCACCAAUAGUUCCUUAGAGCAGGACGCCUCCUCCAUCUAUCGGCGGCCUCUGCGCGUUGCCCCAUUAUACGUCAUUAAGAACAUCGUCACUGAGAUUAUUUCCAUGGAAUUCAAUCCGACCGGAGAAAUACUAGUGGUGGCUUCUCAAGCCAACGAGACUCGCUUUAUCAAUCUUCACACUGGCAAGGUCUUCGACAUUCAAAAGCCCCCCAGUGGUGCGUGCACGUUCGCCUUCACUCCGGAUCUCAGUAGGGUCUUUUGCGGGAGCCGACGGGGUGUGGUGGACACUUAUGAACUAGUGGCUUCAAGUUGA